AAAGCCUUAUACCAAAAAGAGUUGAAAAACCAAUAAAUAUAAAAAAUGCUGAAAAGGCUUACAAUGACUACUGCUCAGCUAUAAAGGAGGCACAUCAAAUUAUUGCAGAAUCUUAUCGGGAAUACGCUACAAAAUGUGCGAGAAAUCUGAAAAUGGACCUUUUUGCAAAAUAUCUUGAGGACACAGGAUUGAUUUCAAAAAUCAAGGCUCAUCUUAGAGAAACAGUUCUGGAUUAUAUGAUAUUCAAAAUCGGUCUACCAUCGAAGAUUGACAAGGAAAGUGCUCUUCAGGAUUUUCUAGCAAAGUCUUACAUCAAACUAGUGGAAGAUAUGCGACUGACGGUCACAAACAGGCAUUCAGGGAAGAUCAACUCUGAACGAUCAAUAAUCUGCAACUACCCCUCAGAAGUGGACGCAAAUGCGCUUCAUAUUUUCGCAUGUGAAGCUGCUGAAGAAAAUGACAAAGACAAGGCCAAGUCCCUCUUAUUGAAGAUGAUUGAUAUGGAUUAUGAGAGUCCAGCUCCAUUCAUCAAAAUGGCGAUUCUAAUGCUGCAAGAAAAUAACAUUGACGAAGCUGAAACCUACACUAAGGAAGUUAUAUCCAUAGAUACCAGGCAUCCUAUAGGGCUAUUACUGUAUGCCGUAAUUUUAUUCCUGAAGGAAGACUUUAAUACUUCGGAAUUAUUUUUGCAUGCAGUCACAACCUUUCAUCCCAACUUUGUUGAGGCUUGGAUCGCUUUCUACUUCUUCUACUGGCACUUCCAAAUGUUUGAGGAAGCUAGAAUAAUUAUGAGUCACGUGGAUAAACUCAUGUUCUCCCUCCCUUCAAAAACCGAGAAUCAACCAGUGAUUGAAGAAAUCGAAGAAUCAAAGAACAAUUCGACAGGCAUUAUUGAUGUUAUUGUUAUUGACGAUAAAAAUCUCAACAGUGCGAAAGUAGAGGAGCAAACAAUUGACGAAAAAAUCGACAGCAAUCCGCAAUUGAAUUCCGAUAAUUUGGGAUUGAGCUCUGAAAAUACAGAGUCAAAAACAUUGGAUGCCAUGAGUGAAAAUCCAGUUAUAAAAAGAUUGGAUGUCAUGAGUUAUGUGGAUAAUGAUGUGUUGGAGCCUAUACUCUCGUGGUUUCCUGAAAUUUGUGAUGAUGAUUAUGCAACAUUUUUGAAAACAGCCAUAUUUCUGUUGACUCUCAGAUGUUUCAUGUUUGCUGAAAUGUCUCUGAAUAAAGUUCGUCAGUUGUCGACCAAUGACGAAAUAGCAGUUAUUGUCGAAUAUUUAUUGGCCUGCUGUGAUUAUCUCCAACAUCGGCCUGAGAAUGCUCUCCAACAUUUUAAUGCUGCUCUACGUUUCAACAUUCAACCAACUCCAUUACAUCUACUAUCUGGCCACUGUUACUAUAAAAUGGAGAAUUUUGAAAAAAUGGAAGAGAGCUACAGUUUUGUACAGAGUGUGUCAAAAAGACCGAUCGCCUUUCAACUGCACUUGAUGUAUUUGAGGCUUGGUAAUGCAAAAUUCAUGCAAGAAAAAUUCAGAGAUAGCAGCGAAUUCUAUUUCAAAUCAUGUGAGCAAAUUUGCAGUCCUUUGGCAUGGCUUGGCUUGGCUAAAUCCUGCUACAUGUUGGAAUCAUAUUUGGACGCUGAAAGGUGUCUAUGCGAGGCAAAUCUGUUGGACUGUGAGAAUGGCGAAAUAUGGGGUUACUUGGCACUGGUCAAUCACAAACUUAAUCGUCCUGCUGUUUUUCUUGAUUGUUACAACCAGACUAAACGAUUCCCAUCCAACAACGAAAUGCUGAGGAAUGAGAUCGGACAACUUUACUAUUCAUUCUAUGAGAGCAACUGUUUUAUCAAUAGGAGAAGCACUAUGGAUUGUGUUGAUAUCCCGGACUGAUGUCUGACGAUUUUGUUGACAAUUUUUCGUUUUUUAAACACAUAUUUUGUUGUUAAAUUUGUAAAUUU